AUGGGGCAGAAGCAAACGCUGCUGCGCCAGCCUGGAUCCGGUCAGGGACUCUGUGUCCGCAGAGGAGGCUUCGCCGUGACGCUGGGAAAGGCCGUGCUGAGGGAAGACCCCUGCUACAAGACACUGCCAGGUGAUGAUUUCUUCUGUGGUCAGGAGAAGACCUUCGAGCCAACCAAGGUCUGCCCACCACAAGAACCAAAGAGGAGAGCGCUAGCAGAAGGCAUGCUGAGGAAGCGCUGCGAGCUGUCCAUUCUGCAGGGGCAGAGGUGGGAUCCCAUUGACAAGCAGUGGAAAAAAUCACCAGCAGCUGGGCGGCAGCAGGCGAAGCGCAUCUUCUCUCGCGGGCGGCCCCCACGUCGCUCCGGGACUUUCCUGGAGCGGGAGGUGCGCUCGGGAGCCCGGGACGGCGUGGGUAUCGUCCUCUGGUCGCCCCGUCACUGUGUGCUGCCAGCUGCCCGAGAGUCCACGGACAGCAGCGACAGAGGCUAUGGGCACGCUGCCCCGGGCACGGACGCCGGCAAAGUUUUCUGCAUGUUCUACGCCAUCCUGGGCAUCCCCCUGACGCUGGUCAUGUUCCAGAGCCUGGGGGAGCGCAUGAACACCGUCGUGCGGCUGCUGCUCAAGAAGAUCAAGAAGUGUCUGGGCAUGAGGACAACCAAUGUCUCCAUGGAGAACAUGGUCCUAGUCGGCUUUCUGUCCUGCAUGGGGACCCUGUGCAUUGGCGCAGCAGCCUUCUCAUAUUUCGAGGGCUGGACUUUCUUUCACGCCUAUUACUACUGCUUCAUAACCUUGACCACUAUUGGCUUUGGAGACUUUGUGGCUCUGCAGAAGAACGAGGCUUUGCAAAAGAAGCCCCCGUACGUGGCUUUCAGCUUCAUGUACAUCCUGGUGGGCCUGACCGUCAUCGGCGCCUUCCUCAACCUCGUCGUGCUGCGGUUCCUGACGAUGAACUCGGAGGACGAGCGGCGGGACGCCGAAGAGCGCGCCUCGCUGAGGAGAGCCCGCAACAACAUCCACCUCAAGCCGAAGGAGGACGGCCGGGGCAGCAAUGCCAUUUUUCUCCCCCCCUGCCACACCAACCCCGUGUAUUACAACUCCAUUUCCUACAAAAUCGACGAGGUCUCCCUGAGCACGCGGGGUCAGACCGGCUCUUCCCCGGGGAGCACUUUAUCAUCCAACAGCCCUCGCUGCCGGCAGCACCCCCGGCUGCGGAGGAAAUCCAUCUAG